AUCGCAAUUUACGACAUGAAAAACUGGCUGAAGAUCUCGCUGCUGUUGUGCACGUUCGGGUUUUUCCGGGAACUUCGACCCUCGGAGCCCUACGUCACGGAGUAUUUGUCCUCGGACUACGGAAAUCUGACCUCGGAAGAGAUCUACCAGGAUGUGUACCCCCUGGGCACCUACAUGGUGCUGGCCCAGUUGGUCAUUGUGUUUCUCAUUACGGAUCUGGUCAGAUACAAGCUAGUUAUCGUGCUGUCUGCGCUGGCCGGGAUCGUGCUCUUUUCCCUGCUUAUCUGGACGGAAACCGUGAGGAUGUUGCAGGUUGCUCAGAUAUUCUUCGGGAUCUUCACUGCCGCGGAGGUGGCCUACUACACUUACAUGUACGCCAAGGUGGACAAGGAGCAGUACCAGAUCGUCACGGGUCACACCAGGGCUGCCAUUUUGAGUGGAAAAUUCCUGGGCGGCCUAUUGGCCCAAAUUCUGGUGUCCACCGAUAGCAUGAGCUACCGGCAGCUCCACUACAUAUCGCUGACCACGCAGGUCAUCUCCCUGGCGGUAUCCCUACUCCUCCCUGGAGUUCCCAGAAGCCUCUACUUCUAUGCAGCCUCCGAUAAAAGUCCCUCCGGUGGCGAGGAAACGGCCCCAACAUUCUCCUUUUCCAACGCGUGUCGGCUUUUGUGGUACCACCUCGUCUCUUCCUACUCCAAUCCCGUGGUGCUGCAGUGGAGUCUGUGGUGGGCACUGGCCACGUGCGGGCAAAUUCAGGUAAUCUCCUACAUCCAAUUCCUGUGGAAAGAGGUGGCCCCGGGUCACCUGAGCGUAUAUAACGGCGGAGUCGAGGCCGUGGCCACUCUGCUUGGAGCUAUCGGAGCUAUUUUGGCCGGCCUGCUCAACUCCAAUAAGCGACGUGGAUCCUACAUGAUGGGCAUAUCCAUAUGUGCUGCUGUCCUGGGAGCCCUGCUCAUCUAUGCUUCCCAGACGCAGGAGAUCUGGGUGGCCUAUAUAAACUAUGUACUCUUCUGCGCCGUCUUCUUCUUCAUCAUCACAGUGGCGGGUGCAGUGGUGGCCGAGAACUUGGUGGAGGACAGCUUCGGGUUGAUCUUCGGUAUUAACACCCUGGUGGGGCUGCUCCUUCAGACCAUUCUGACUAUUGUAGUGGUGGAGAAAGUUGGGCUAGCCCUGAAACCACGUGAUCAGUACGUGGUGUACGGCAGCUACUUCAUAGUUUUGGCUGGGAUCUACCUAAUAGGGUCUGUCUUGGCGAAAUUCUUCUGCAGAAGUAGCAACGCAAAUGAUAGUAACGAGGUUCCCUUAUCGUAGACUAGAAUGAAUUUAACACAAGUUUUAAUUAUUUAAAAACUAAAAUAAUUUCUCAAAGUGAAAGAAAAGAAAUCGACUAACAAGUGUCUAGUACUUAGUAGUAAGUAGUAUUUGCACAGGUAUUUUUUGGAAACGUGGAAUUUUCUUAUACGGGUGCCUCCUAGAACAACAUAAUUUAUAGAAUCCAUACUAAAUUCCAUACUUUAAAAUAACAUGUUUUAAGAUUGUAUAAACAGACAAAUUAACAUAACGAAUAUUUCAUUAAUUAUUAUUCUUUGUACCAUUCAUAGAAUGUAAAUACUUUUCAUUUGCUGCCA